UUUACAACGAAGAUAUUAGUAUGAUAGCAGAAAGACUGAUGGCUUCAUAACGAAUUUGAAAGGGAAGCCAUGGCAGGGAAAUGUGCACCUAGCCAUCACAAAAAGCAGCAUUUUGGAUUUGUCAGAGAUGUUCCUUUUGUUUCAAGUGACAGAGAUGUCAAUAGGUCCAAUUUGUCUGGAAGACAUGGAACAUGGAGAUAUUUUGACAAGCAGAUUUUAUGCUUUUAUGCCUAUUUUACUGAACCUAUUUGUGAAAGUCAGGAGGAGACAUACAGAGUUCGAAAAUGUAAGAUAUAUUAUUAUUUGGAAGAUGAUACCAUGCAAGUUGUUGAACCUCCUGUUUCUAAUAGCUGUAUGACACAAGGAACUCUUAUUCGUCGCCAUUAUUUUGCAAAGUCUUCACCAAAUGGAAAUCAGUCUUAUACUUUGGAUGAUCUGAAUGUUGGAAAAGAAGUAAAUAUUUAUGGGAAAAAUUUCAGGAUAGUUGAUUGUGAUAAGUUCACUCGAUCCUUUCUUACGAAAAUUGGACAUCAUGUUCAAGAUCCUGAAAUCAUUCCUGAAGAUCCUUAUACAGAACAUCAAAAAAAGUUAAAAGCCACCAUGAAACCUCAUAGACCAUAUAAGAAGGUAGAUACCUUAAAACAGUUUCUUAAUCAUAAUCGGCAUGUCCUACGAUUUUACUGUCUUUGGGAUGACAGAAAUUCUACUUCUGAAAAUGUCCGCAAAAUGAUUCUUCAUUACUACCUUGAGGAUGAUAGUAUUGAAAUCCUUGAAUCUAUUUCUCCAAACUCAGGGAGAGAUGCAUGUUCUUGUUUUCUGCGACGUUCUAAGCUGCCAAAGCUGCACCCAAGAUUGAUUACUUUAGAGAUUCACAUUUUGAAAGUGUUCUUCCUGGUGAGAAUAAUGCCAAAAUUGUACUUAACAUAUUUGGAGACUCAGAAAAAAAAUGGCUGGUAUAUAUAUGACAAUCAAAGGGUUGGAUCCAGUAACAUGGAGUAUUAUCAUGAUAGUGAUCUUAGAAUAGGGGUCACUAUCAAUGUUUGGGGAAGAAAUUUUCUCCUGUAUGAUUGCGAUGAAUUUACAAAACAAUAUUAUCAUGUAAAGUAUGGCCUGGAAAUGAAGCCUCUUGAUAUGCCUCAGGAGGAAAACAUCUCACCACUUAAAAACCAGUUUCCAUCAUACAAUGGUUUUGGUUCAGAAGAAGACUCUCUAGGGAACUGUUUGUCACUGCUUCCUAAACCGCCUAGGAAAACCUUCUCUUUACAAAUUAAACAAGAAGGAAGUGGAAAAGAAAUUGAUGUUCUUCGUUUUUCAUGUUGCCUUGUCACUACUGACCCAGUAGACAGUGGUCGCAGGUUCAUCCUUUCCUACUUUUUAUCUGACAGUACAAUUCAAAUCUAUGAGCCUCCAGUACAAAAUUCAGGACUUGCUGGAGGGAAGUUUCUUGAGAGAGGUAGAGUGAAAAAACCAGAAGUAUUAGAUUCAUCUAGCACGUUUUCUCAGUAUUAUACAACCAGUGAUAUGUACAUUGGUGCAGUACUUCAUAUUGUUGGUUUGAAGUUUUUGCUUACAGAGGCAGAUGAAUUUGCUCUUAGCUAUAUGGAACAACAUCCAGAACAGUUUCCAAAAGCUGAUAUCACCAAAGUUAUGCAGAAGUUAGAGCAGAUUUUGAACGGAGAGAAUUCUGAAUUAUAUUCGUCAUUAAAAGAAGUGGAUUCAGAAGCCACCGACUACAUAAAUUUUCAAGAUUUCAGACAACAGUUACUGAAAGUGGUAGGCACAAAGCUCACAGAGCAUGAAAUAUUGACCAUUGCACGGAGAUAUAGGAAACAAGAUGAACACAAUGGUAUACCUAGUGAGCUCUUGGUAGCAUUUGUACAGAAUGAGCUAAGGAAAAAAGGAUUCAGUGACUUUGAGAAUUUGGGGCUAUUAUUUAAAGAGUAUGAUGCAGAAAAAACACACAAGUUAUCAAAGAAAAAAGUGUACAUUACCUGUCGUAUCUUUCAUCUUCCUGUAGCAAUGGACAUUCUUCUUACUUUAUUAGACAGGAUUACUGAUGACAAUGGUAUGCUAGACUACCAUAACCUUGUAAGAUUGUUAGACUGGGAAAAGAAUCCAUCAGCUACAACAGUCAGUGUACAUCCACAGUUUGAGAGGAAACUGAGGUGCAUCACCCAGUCUGAAAUGAAGAUUGAUUACAAGUCUUUGAUUGGUGUUAAAAAAGGAAAUGAAGAUUGAUUACAAGUGGAUAAAAAUGAGUGACAUAAAAUUAAUUUGUAUAUUUAAUUGGGUUUAAUAUACAUAUGUGUAUACAUAUCAUCUUCAUGAAUGUUUUUGGGUUAAUGUAAGUUACAGAUUUUUAUUUAAAAAUGUCAUUAUAGUUAAAUUUUUAUCAGGAGAAACACAUUGAGGUAUAUUUUAAUUCAGUGAAUAAAUUAUAUUAUUUUCCUUCUGAAUGAUAAAAAUACCCAUUUUAAAUUAUCGUUACAAGUGAUAUUAGGUUGAAAUUCUAGUUGUUUGUGUAUCAGAGUAUUAUUUCAUGAAUAGUUUUGCAUUCAACAGAUGUAAGUUUUCAGAUACUUCUUUAUAUACACUCAAUUAGUGAUGAAAUCAGAGUUUGAAAAUUUUUUUUAAUGAAUAACUGCAAAACAUAUCUGCUUCAGACAAAGUUAUAAGUUUAUUUUAUA